CAUGGAACCACCCAAGGCGUUGAUGAGAAAUCGUCCCAAGCUGCACAAAGUGGCCUCCAGUCGAAGAGAACACUAUCCAGAGGCAGGCCUGGACGAAGUGGGAAGAUCCACUCGACCGAUUUCCAUUUCUUUCAAUGCUUUCUCCUCUUCAAGAAGAUAAUCGUCCCCUGGGAAUUCUGGAAGCUUCUGCUUUACAUCUAGUGACUACAUCUAGCAGGUUCAAGAAAUGGAAAAUUGUUCUCAGGCUUUUGUGUUUUCUGAAGAUCCGCUCCUUCACCCAGGGUUCUCUCUGAGGAGCUCCGACUCAGCACCAUGAACUGGGCAUUCCUCCAGGGUCUCCUAAGCGGGGUCAACAAAUACUCGACUGCGUUCGGGCGCAUCUGGCUGUCCGUGGUCUUCUUGUUUCGCAUCAUGGUGUUUGUCGUGGCUGCGGAGAAGGUCUGGGGUGACGAGCAGAAGGAUUUCACGUGUAACACGGCCCAGCCGGGGUGCCACAACGUGUGCUACGAUCAUUUCUUCCCUAUCUCGCAUAUUCGCUUGUGGGCGCUGCAGCUGAUCUUUGUGACGUGCCCGUCGCUACUGGUGGUCCUGCACGUGGCGUACCGCGAGGAACGUGAACGCAAACACCGCGCCAAGUUCGGCGAAACCUGCGACCGCCUUUACCAGAACACGGGAAAGAAGCGCGGCGGACUCUGGUGGACCUACGUGCUCUCGCUGGUCUUCAAGAUGGGUGUGGAUGCUUCCUUUGUCUACCUGGUGUACUAUAUGUAUGAGGGCUACGACUUUCCGACGAUGGUGAAGUGUUCGGAGACGCCGUGCCCCAACAUGGUGGACUGUUUUAUCUCGAGGCCCACCGAGAAGAGGAUCUUUACGCUCUUCAUGGUGGUCACGAGUGUCGUGUGCAUCCUGCUUUCGCUUUUCGAGAUCCUCUACCUGUUGUGCAAGAGAUGCAACGAGGGCGUCCGUAAGCUGAAGGGCUCCAGGCAGGUGACUCGUGCAACUUCUAUCCACAACGUCAAGAACCCAAACUCACUGAUGGAUGACAAACAGAUGGUAGAUAAAGUGCCAUCAUAUACAGUCUCAAUGUCACGGUAAGGACUCUUGACACUUGAACUGGGGAGGAACUGGAAAGGAACCUGAGACAAACUUGAGAUAAACUUGAGACAUAAUCAACCGGCACCUUGAUGGUGACCAAUUAUGGGUUUUACGAUCCAGUAGUGAGACUGAGGACGGGAACUGGUUUAAAUUUAAGUAGAUUUAUCUCAGAAAGUGAGAUAAGAACUUGUGCAAUUGGAGAAUUUCACUUUGCUGAUGCUUUGUUCCUCAUAACACUCCUCUACUGAACACUACCAAGCAGAUGAGCUGAGAAAUGGGUGUAGCUCUGCUAUGAACAAUUAUAACAUGCAGCUACAUGUCCAAUUUUUUUUUUUUACUUCUCAGAAACAUGUUUAAAAGCCGUUUGGGCUGUGAAUAAAAAAACAGCAGCCAAGGCCCUUCUCUUUAAACCCCGAGCUGCCAGUCUUUUAUUCUUGACUCCGAAAAGGGUGUAAAUACUGAAAGAUGAUCGUCUCUCACCCUAAAGCGAACGGGAACAGGCGAUGGCGCUGCAGCGAUCGCGUCUCUCCUGAUCGGUUUUCCGUACUUUUUUUCCUCUCUGAUGUUUUUCCGAAGCUGCUCAGAAAUCUGAUAUUAAAAUGCGCCUGGGAAAACAAAGAAAAAGCACCAAAAGUUUAUC